CCUGUCAGAGCAUUUUUCUAAUGUCUCUGGACAGAUACUGACUGAUAGAUGUGCCCUACAGCAGCUGUUCUGUAUUUCGAGUAAAGAGUGAAAAGCCGACUGGCGCUGAGGUAUUGCGGUAUUUGAAGAUGCUUUGAGGGUUAAACAGUUUCUCGCCACCUGUGAAUAUAUAUUGGGGGCUGCAUUUAUACAGCCCAAGCAUGCAGUCUUAAGUCAAAAAAUCCAUUGGCUAAUAAUCAGUGGUGAACAUCAACUCAAGGAAUUAUAUACCCAGCAUAAGUCAAUGUCAAAGGUAUAACCUUAGGCAAUAAUGCUUACAACAAUACCAUUAUAAUAAGGUUGGCUACAAAUGCAUGGACACCACAGUGUGUGCUUAAUGUUUGACGAGACACUGUCCUACUGAAGAUCAGCACAACCAAAAAGAAGCCGGGAUUUGCACUUCUUUGCAUGUCUCAUCAACCCAGGGAAGUCAAAGCUUCAUGUUUUGGAAAACCAGGCUGAAUACUAAUAUGAAGAUGUUAAUUGGGUUUACUGUUUUGCUACUUGCUAGCGCUGCCUGGUCUCAAGAAAUGCCUUAUGCUGAAUACCUAGAACAAAUUCAGGCAUGCCCAAAGGAAUGCCGCUGCCUUCCAAGCUUUCCCAAUGCUGUAUAUUGUGAUAGCAAGGGGUUGAAGCAGAUACCCACCAUCCCCCCAUACACCUGGUACUUGUACCUCCAGAACAACUUAAUCGAUGCAAUUUCAGAAAAAUCCUUCAAGAAUGCAACACAACUCAGAUGGGUGAACCUCAACAGAAACAAGAUCACCAACAAGGGUAUUGACAAGAAUGUAUUCAAGGCAAUGACACAACUGCUGUACCUGUAUAUUGAAGACAAUCUGCUAGAUGAAGUGCCCUCUCCUCUUCCAACAAGCUUAGAACAGCUCCGUCUGUCAAGGAACAAGAUCUCCAAGAUCCCUGCUGGGGUCUUCAACAGUAUGGAAAAUCUUGCAAUGCUGGACCUUCAAAACAACAAACUGGAGGAUGCAGCCAUCAAAGAAAAUACCUUCAAAGGCUUGAAGAACCUUAUUCAGAUUAAUCUAUCCAAAAACAAACUGAAAAUAAUGCCUCCUGGCUUACCAGCAACCAUCAUGCAGUUGUUCCUAGACAGCAACUCCAUUGACAAGAUCCCUGACAACUAUUUCAAAGAAACACCCAAGGUCUCCUUUCUGAGGCUUAAUUACAACAAGCUUGCCGAUGGUGGCCUACCAAAGAAUAUUUUCAACAUAUCCACCAUCCUAGAUUUGCAGUUAUCUCACAACCAGCUCAACCACGUGCCUCAUUUUCACCCUAGCUUGGAGCACCUGCACCUUGACCACAAUAAAAUCACGAGAGUGAAUGGAAGUGACAUCUGCCCCAUGCCUGUUGGAGCCACCGAUGACUACCACGAUGAAAAAACUCCACGCCUGCGCUACCUUCGCCUUGACGGCAAUGAGAUAAACCCCCCCAUUCCGAUGGACCUUAUGAUGUGCUUCAGACUUCUGAGGGCUGUUGUUAUUUAAGUUGGGUAUAGAGUUCAAUUUAAUACAUCCUUUCCUAUGUCCAAUAUGCGAAACAAUUCACUAUACUAACCAUGAAUAAGUCAGUGAAAUAAUCUGUAGAUACAAAAUGAUGUCAGCAGUGUAUUAUGAAAUUGCCUCCAGCAGAUGAAACUAAUUAAAUAUGAUUUCAGGAAAUAAAGAUAAAAAGCCAAGCCAAAACAAUAAUGUUAACAAAGAAUACAAUUAUUUGUUUUUUAAAUAUAUUUUGUAAAUAUCAAAUUUUGAAAAUAUUUUUCACAAUUUCUGUACCAUUCAGCCUAUAUACCUAUGUACACAACUACAUUAGUAUUAAAAUAAUGCACAAUACCAACAGUAAAAAUUGAACAAGCUCUGUAUAUUUGAACAGGUUUUCUGUACUUUAAAAGUAGGUUUUGCGGGACUAUAAUAUACAGUAACUGUUUUAUUGCUGUUGAUUGUUUGAUUCUACCAAGUGUAAUAAUAUCAUUCUAUUUACCUGAACAUCCAUCCUACAAUGGAACAACAAAACAGGAAACUAAAAUAAGAAUUGUGUAUAAUCUGGGUUAUAGCUGGCCUUUAAAACAUAAAAUGUUUUCAUUUAAUGUACCUAGCUUUUGUCUUAGAACAUAGGAAUAAUGUAGUCAACAUGUAUUAUACAAUCAAGUAUUCCAUUCUAUUUAGCCUCACACUUAUUGAGUAAAUCUUAACCCAUCUCAUUUGCCAGUCGGACUGAGACCUCCUCUUUUAGUGUUGUCACUUAGGUUCGAUCUGAUUCAUCUGACAGUUGAACUUCGUUGUUCACCCUGUUCUCCAAAUGACUUGGACUGGCCCAUACUGAGUACAAAGAAAAAUGCCAGUAAGAGCAGGUCUCAAAAAAUGGCAAUAUGGAAAACAGAAUAAACUUGUCAUCGAUUGCUGUCGUGUAUAGUACUGUAGCUGUAGCAUGUUUAAAUGAAAAAAGCCAAUGCUUAAAUUUAUUCUUUUUGUAGUUACCUUGUCAAUAAUGAUUUGAAUUUUCAGUGCACAUUGAAAGAGAAUACAACAAUAGUUAAAAAUAGUACAAUAACAACAUUGUAUUAAAAUAUUUUAAAUUUAACUUAAUACAUAGUCUCUAAACAAAAAAAUAUUCUGUAACAAAAAAUGGUGAUUCAGUAUAGAGUUUUUUUUCACUGUGGCUUAGGCACAUUACACUGCUUUAAUUAUACUAGAUACAACUAUUUAUUAAAACAUUUACUGAAAUUAAUAAAUGGUUGACAAAAUGUUGUUAUUUUGUUACCUUGAAUAUGUGUGUGUUCUAAGAGUGAAACAAGGUUUGAGUCUUUCAGAGAUAUGAUAAUGUGAUCUGUUCAUUUUAAUGUUAAUAAACAUUUAU